CAGUUCACAGUUCACAGGAUCAGUGCUGCUUGUAGCCAUUUUGCUCGCAUCGUGAACUUGUCGCUUGUUUACCAGAUUCGGUUUUCUGUGUGCCAUGGUGUCUUUCACAGCCCUUGGCUGUUUCUUGAUGCUUGUCGUCAGCGUGGAUGCCACACGCAUUGGACGGCACGGCGAGGAGCAGGCAGCAGUCUUGCGUCAAAACCAAACCGCCGUGACUGCGGAUGAUUCCGGUGACUGCAGUGAGUACUGGCUCGUGGACAAAGUCGUGGGCGACGUCAAAUUCGGCAAGUGCUGCACCACCAAGUGCAAUGGAAAGUCAGACUUCGUGUAUGAAGGGACAUUCUUCAACUGCAAGGUGGAGGAGGGCAAGGUCUACGACAAGAAAAGCAGCUACGACUACCAGUGCAAGGAGACAUGCAGUAUCAAGGCGGAGGCCCUUGUGCAGUAUCCGGACCUAUCUUCAUUGAAUCCUUGGGCGAAGGACAAGAAGAAGAAAUCAAAACGCUACGUCACGAAGACCGGGGUCACCGUCAUGCGGGGCGGCGGAGAAUACGCUUUUGCAGAAAGGGGCUGCACCAGUAAGUCUUGAAAGUGGCGGUGAAGGCUCCUGCGGCCCUGGUUCGGUCCAGCAACUGCGUGUGUUCAAAACGAGAUUAUCCAUGAAAUGUUCAGCAUGUUUAGCUCAAAUUUGCGGCAGUUUGACGCAGCGUGUCCUAUUGAUCCUUAAUCACCUUCGUUUCCUGAGUCCAUCCAGCCAUAGUUCGUUCAUUGGAUUUGGUCAGUUGCUGAGGGUUGGACCUGGACCCUGAGACGCCGCCAUCCGACGCGCGGCAGCUGAAAAAAUGGCGGUGCUUUACUGAGC